UGCCACGCUGAGGACGUGUCACUUCUGGGCGGGAAACAAAUUUCUGCUAAAUCGCUCGUUCGUUUAAGAAACAGAUAAAAAACCACCAUAUCCACAGCGCCAGAUGUUCCCACUACUGUUCUCGGCCUACGUUGUAGCCGUUAAGGUAUUCAAGAAGACCACUCCCAAUGGCAAAGUUACGGUCUACCUGGGCAAGAGAGACUUCAUCGACCAUCUGGACCACACCGAUGCCAUCGAUGGUGUGAUCGUAGUGGAGAAUGACUAUCUUCAGGGUCGCAAGGUCUUCGGUCAGGUUUCGACAACUUACCGCUAUGGCCGCGAGGAGGAUGAAGUUAUGGGAGUUAAGUUCAGCAAGGAGCUCGUGCUGUGCCGCGAUCAGAUUAUACCAUUGAAGAAGGAGAAACAAGAGACAACGUCAAUUCAGGAUCGCUUGCUGAAGCGUCUGGGUGCGAACGCAUACCCUUUUACCUUUCACUUCCCGCAGAAUGCUCCUUGUUCGGUCACCCUGCAACCCGGUGAUGAUGAUCAGGGAAAACCCUUGGGAGUCGAGUACACCGUGAAAGUGUUCGUUGGAGACAAUGAGGAGGACAAGGGACACAAAAGAUCCUCUUUAGCGCUGGCCAUCAAGAAGCUACAGUUCGCCCCGCCGACGCGAGGCCGUAGGCUUCCCAGCUCUUUGAUUUCCAAGGGAUUCACCUUCUCCCAAGGCAAACUGAAUCUGGAAGUCACGUUGGACCGCGAGAUCUACUAUCACGGCGAGAAAGUGGCAGCGAAUGUCAUAGUGACGAACAACUCGCGCAAGGCGGUGAAGAACAUCAAGAUGUAUGUGGUGCAACACUGCGAGGUAACUAUGGUGAAUGCCCAAUUUUCACGGCACGUGGCUAGCUUGGAGACCCGCGAGGGUUGCCCGAUCACACCUGGCGCGUCCUUUACGAAGCAGUUUUAUCUUGUGCCGUUGGCCAGCAGCAACAAGGAUCGGCGCGGCAUCGCUCUCGACGGACAUCUCAAAGAUGACGAUGUAAAUCUGGCAUCCUCCACUCUGGUCGCUGAGGGCAAGUGUCCAGCUGAGAACUUGGGUAUCGUGAUCUCCUACUCCGUCCGAGUGAAAUUAAACUGCGGUACUCUCGGUGGCGAACUGACCACCGAUGUUCCGUUCAAACUGAUGCAUCCAGCUCCUGGUGCCAUCGAGAAAGAGAGGGCCAUGCUGAAGAAGACCAAGAGCAUGGAGAGAGCGCGAUACGAGAACUCUUGCUACGCGAACGAUGACGACGACAAUAUCGUAUUCGAAGAUUUCGCUCGUUUGCGCUUGAACGAACCAGAGUAAACCGCUAGAGCUUCCUAGCGAACGAUCGAUCACUAAUCAAAAGAAUCCUGAACUUUUCGCGCGGAACUUGUAACGGAUUAUUCCUCGCGCACAUUCAAAAUUACAUCUUAUCUCCAUUCGAAUGGUGAUGUUGAGAUCAAAAAGGAUAUCGGACUAUAACGGUGAAAUAUGUAUUCAGGAUUCUUUUGACGUGGUUCUUAAUGAACGAGCUAUAUUAAAAAGAACGUAGAUGAUAAAAAUGGUAACAAGAUUAGUUACAUUAUAUUAUGAAACUAUUAAUGAGAAAGCAACAAUACAAGAAAAAUACAAAAAAAGCGAAAAUACAACUAAACAUUUAAAAAGUCGUCUUGAAAUUUCCGUGCGAUGGUGGUGGUCGAACGGAAAUUGAUUGCAAGGCGAACUAAAAAAAUGAGAAAGAAAAAGCAGAUGAUAUCAAAUAAGCUUAAUUCGCAUUUGGUUGAGUUUCAAAAAUUUCCCGUCUCACCAGAAGUGACAUAUAUGUAUUUCUUUUAAAUUAAUUUAUGUUUACGAGACUCUCGUUCUGAUCGUUUAUUUAUUAUUAAAGAACUGUUAAUUCAUGGUACUGUUCAGUUGCGAUUGCGUUAGAAAGAAAAUAUAUAUAUGUAUGAAACUGUGAAAA